CGGCGUCAUUAGCGGAUGUCAUUAUUAUAUCUGUGGCAUGAUUGACGUCAAAACAAAACCAUACAUGAUAGAUGACAGACCAAUGACCAGUCUCGUUUAAGUGUCCGUAUAGUUAAGACAUGUGAUUUUGUGUGAUAUAUAAAAUAUAUAAGAUGCACAAACUGUUGAUUAUCACAACAUGUUUAGUUUUGGUAAACACACAAAACAGCGGUGACCUCGAUUCCCUUCUGGGCGAGAUCUUCGACAAGCCGCCCAGGACGAACGUGAAACCAGGUUCCGGUCCGAAAUCCUGCGUGACGAAGGACGAGAAUCCCGGCGAAUGCGUCAUAUACUAUUUGUGCAACGAAAAUAAUACGAUAGUGACGGAUGGCUCUGACGUUAUAGAUAUUAGAAUGAAGACCGGGCAGUGCGAGUUUUAUUUGGACGUGUGCUGUGAGCUACCGAACAAGAAGAAUCCAGACGAGGUUAUCACACCUCCGCCACCUCCAGCGCGUAAAGAUUGCGGCUGGAGAAACCCGGACGGCGUUGGGUUCCGCAUCACAGGAGAUGACAACCAUGAGACAAACUUUGGAGAGUUUCCUUGGAUGAUCGCCCUUUUGAAACAUGAACCAGUCGAUCCAAACGACCCGAACAGUGAGACGCUAAACAUAUAUCUUGGGGGCGGUUCUCUCAUACAUCCGAGCGUGGUUCUGACAGCAGCGCACUACGUCGACAAGCCGCAGAAGCUUCGAGUGCGAGCCGGUGAAUGGGACACGCAGACCAGGCAGGAGAUAUACCCCUACCAGGAAAGGGAUGUGGCCAAGGUCAAAAUUCACAAGGACUACAACAAACAUACGUUGUUCUACGACGUAGCUCUGUUAUUCUUGUCGGUGCCAAUGCAGCUGGCGCCCAACGUGGGACUGGUUUGUCUUCCCGUGGAGAGGCAGCUCCCGCGGGCCGGCACUAAUUGCUUCGCCACCGGCUGGGGCAAAGACCAGUUCGGGAGGGAUGGAAAAUACCAGGUUAUAUUGAAAAAGAAAGAACUGCCGGUAGUUGAUCGCAACGCUUGUCAGAAAGCUCUCCGUAAGACUCGUCUCGGUGGACUGUUCGAGCUGCACUCGUCCUUCAUGUGUGCUGGAGGGCAGGGUUCAGACACGUGCACGGGCGACGGCGGCUCACCACUGGUCUGUCCAGUUGAGUACGAGAAGGAUCGCUACGAGCAAGUGGGGAUUGUAUCCUGGGGUAUCGGAUGCGGUCAGGAUGGUACUCCGGGGGUGUACACGGAUGUCAGCAAGAUGAGAGCCUGGAUCGAUGAUAAAAUUGUAGCAGAGGGUUACGAACCCAGGGCGUACGUGGCCUAGAAAUAAAUUAUCCAUGAAUA